CAUUCCCAGUGCCGUCAUUCAUGGAUGUGCACGCAGAGGCGGGUCCGUUGCACGUGCAGACGGUGGAUGAGCCACCGGGAGGCGCCACCGUUACCGCCGCCGCCGCAGAGUUUCAGGUCCAAACGGUGCUGGAGAGCGAUGGCGAGCUCAGCGAGGAUGACCUGCAGUCGGGCGCUGGAGCUCAAACACCGGCAGCGGGUGAUCCGAUCACAGAGAUCGAGAGCGAGGAGGGUGCGCGGCCAGGGACGGACACACCGGCCGAGGACAUCGUCGGGCAGCGCGCGGGGAAAACGGAAACGGUGGGCUCCAGUUGCAGCAGCGAGAGCUGCAUCCCGACUCCAGGCUGUCGGAUCUGCUUUCAAGGAGCCGAGCAGGGGGAGCUGCUGAGCCCGUGCCGUUGUGCCGGAUCUGUCCGACAUGCUCAUCAGCAGUGUCUGCUCAAGUGGAUCAGUGAGAAGGGCUCCUGGAGCUGUGAACUCUGCAACUAUAGAUUCAACAUCCUGCCUAUACAUAUCAAACCACCACAACAGUGGCAGACUGUCACCAUGACUCUGGUGGAGAAAGUUCAGGUUAUUGCAGUGUUGCUGGGUGGCAUCUUUCUGUUGGCCAGUGUAUCAUGGCUGCUGUGGUCAGCACUGAGCCCAGAGGCACUAUGGCAACGCAGUGACAUCCUGUUCCAGAUCUGUUACGGCAUGUAUGCAGUCAUGGACCUUGUGUGUAUCGGUCUGAUUGUUCAUGAAGGUGGUGCUGUGUACAAUGUGCUGAUGCGCUGGCGAGCUGUUAAUCUCUUCUGGGACGUCCAGAACUACGAUAAAAGCCGAGACCUGGAGAACAUACACAGCCCGCACCGUAACCUGUGGCUGCCUCUCACACACACACAUACAGUCUCCAACACACACUCACAAACCACCCGACUGGAGUCAUCGCCUCGAUGCCCCCUUCGCCUCCUCUCCAUGUGCCUGAACGUGACCUCUGACCUCUCCCCGCAGGAGCAAGACUCAGGCGAGCUGGUCGUUAGGGUCACGUCAGUUUGACACCAAAUUAAAGUCAUUUAGGGAGCAAUCAAACCUUUGUGGGAGUGGCUAACUAGUGGGAGGAGCCUCAGUGUUGGGAGGAGCCUUACUAGAAAACCACUUUAGAAGAUACACAAACUGAAUUGAAUACAGAAUUAUGUUGUACUGCAAACUGAACAGGUGUUUCCAGCCUGAAGUUCAGCCUUUGAGAAUCAAAGUAAGACUGCAAAGCUCUCCGCACAAACACAGACUUAUAACGAAAUUAUAAUGCACACAAAAUGUAUUACUGCUGUUAGAUGAAUGAAUUAACUGUUUUUAUGUUCAGGUUUUUAAUAAUUUCAGUACUGAUAAACUACAGCUUAUCACAGCUUCUGUUCAUUAUGCUUCAUCUGCCAUAAUGUAGAGGUACCACAGUUACAGGCCUUUUCACAUUAAGCUGCAUUUCCACUAUCUCAGACUCAGACAUACGCGUGCGAUCGUUACAUUUUGCCCCUUGUGGCAGCCGCAUGGUAUUUUCAAAUUGGUUGUGAAGCAGCAGUUACCCUUUGCUUAUUCACCAUGGUAAAAAAAAAUAAAUGAAUGCAUAUCCAUACAAAACAAAUGAGCACCGAUAACGACAACGCUGCUGCAAACAUUGAUUUCACAAGUAGGUAGUAUAGAAAAUUUGCAAAGGGGUAGCAAAAGUCAUUGAGAAAAUGUAAAAAAAAUUUAAUACCAAAAAAUUAUUUAGGUUUAUGA